CAGCCAUAUCCUUCUUUCCAUUUUUCAAUUACCCUAACAAUUCCCAAAAAUGGGUAGAAUCUCCUCCGCCAUAGAAUUGCCCAACGGCAAACAUCGCCGCUACUCACCCCAACCGACCUCACAUUACGACAAUCGCCACCGUAGCCCUAGCCCCACCCCUACCCGUAACCCGACCCGAAAUCGUAACCCUAACGGCGACCGCUACUCACCUCAACGCCGCCCCCACUACCGUAGUCCCAGCCCUAACCCUAUCAGAACCCGUAACCCGACCCGAAGUUUCAGUCGGAGCCCUAGCGGUAGCCGUAGUCGCAGCCGUAGUCCGGCAUACAGAGGCCAAAACCGAAACAAUUCCAACAACGAACCUUCUAGAAGGUUCCAAAAUCGCAGUCAUAGUCCAGCAUACAGUCCAUAUAAAAGCCAACAACAACAUACGAAUAAUGAACCUUCUAGAAGGUUCCAAAAUCGCAGUCGUAGUCCGGUAUACAGUCCAUAUAAAGGCCAACAACAAUCUAACGGCCGAAACAACAAUCGACGAUCCUUUGAAAUUUCACCUGAUCGUUCGUAUCGUAGAAACCCUAGCCCUACGAAUGAUUUACCGCCGAGAAGAUUUGGAAGGGGGAAGAAACCCUACCUUGAUCGAAGAACUGUAGAUUCCGAAUCGGAUGAGGAGCUUAAAGAUAAAGGAUUGAGUUUCGAAGAGUAUCGUAGGUUAAAACGACAGAAAUUGAGGAAAUCGUUGAGGAAUUGUAUUUGGAAUUGUACACCUAGUCCACCUAGGAGAGAAAACGAACCCGAAUACGAAGAAAUUGAUGAAAUUGUUGAGAAAGUUGAGGAGGAGAUGGUAGAGAACGACGAAAAGGAUGUGAAAAGAUCAAAAAUUGAGUCUUUAAGUGAAUCAGAAUCUGAGUCUGAAUCUGAUGCAUCGGAUUCAGAACCGAGGACAUCUAGGAGGAGGAAGAAAUCUAGUUCUAGACGUAGAAGUAGGAGAUCGAGAAGGAAAAACGAGAGCGAAUCUGAGGAAGAGUCGUCUAGUGAUGAUUCGGAAGAAGAGGAACGAAGAAAGAAAAGGAAAAAGUCGAGGAGACGUAAAAGGGGUAGCAGUAGUAGGAAAAUUGGGAGCGGAUCGGAGGAAGAGUCGACUGAUUAUUCAUCAUCAGAAGAAGAGGAAGAAAGGAGAAAACGAAGGAAAAAGUCUAGGAGAAAACAUAAAAGGGGUAGUAGUAGUAGGAAGAAAACAAGCAAAAAGAAAAGCUAUUCAAGUGAGAGUGAGAGUAGUAAAAGCAAGAGCGAAAGCGAAGAGGGUGAAAUUGAUCAAAAGGGUGUUUUGAAGAGUAAGAAAAAGAAGAAUGAGGAUAGUGAUGUGCCAGAAAAGAGCUUGGAGUUAGACGGGGAUGAUAGAAUUAAUAAUGAGAAGGCUGAUGAACCAAUGAUAGAUGAAGUUAAUAGUGAGGUUCUUGAAUUGAAAGAAUUGAUCGAGGCGAGGAAGAAGAGUAGUAAUUUUGAAGAUGAGGCGCCAGUUGGUCCAAUGCCGUUACCAAGGGCUGAAGGGCAUAUAAGUUAUGGUGGGGCACUUAGGCCUGGUGAAGGUGAUGCUAUUGCCCAAUAUGUUCAGCAAGGAAAGCGUAUUCCACGUAGAGGAGAAGUGGGUCUUUCUGCUGACGAGAUUUCGAAAUUCGAGGGUCUUGGUUAUGUGAUGAGUGGUAGUAGGCAUCAAAGGAUGAACGCUAUUCGUAUCAGAAAGGAAAACCAAGUUUACAGCGCUGAAGACAAGCGAGCGUUGGCUAUGUUUAACUAUGAGGAGAAGGCUAAGCGUGAGCAGAAGGUUAUGGCUGAUUUGCAGCGACUUGUGCAACGCCACAUUGGUGGUCAGGAGCCUGAAACUUCUCAUGAUCCGUUUGGAGGGAAGUCUACAGAGGGGGCUGAUUCUUGAUACCGUUUGUACGUUGUUUUACUUAAAUUUUGGUGUUAUUGCUGUUAUGUGUAGAAAUUUGAUUGUUUAACUAGAAAGUGGAGAUUGAAAAUAAUUUGUUGUUACCUAUGUGUAAGCUGUUAAUGUUUGGAUUUUACUAAUACUGUUUCACUGGUUUGUGUGGUAGUUUAAUGUAAUUUGAGGGAGCGGGGUUUGCUGAAA